AUGGUACAUUGUCUAAUAAGGGGUGGAAGCAUCAAUGUGCAUGAAAUUAUAGCUGAAGGAAUUCAAGAAUCAGCCGAGAAGAAAGACUCGGGUGCUAGACUUUGGUACCCCAGCACCAUCCUUAGAUUAUGCAUGAAAGCUAAGAUUGUCUUUGAAGAUAGCAAUCCAACUUGGGUAGGUCUUGGGAGAUCACAUACACUCCAACGCAUAACCCAUGUGACUCCAGCUCAACAGCAGAAAAGACCCCAUCUAAGGAAAAGGACAACAGAAGAAGCACAAGAGGAAGGACCUAUCCAAGAAGAAACCCAACCAACAGAACAUCAUCAAGAAGGGUAUUAUGACCCAACCAACAUCAAUUUGGGUCAUAUACGAGGAGCCAUUGACAAUUUAUCAAGAAUAUACAUGGAAGGACAAGAACAACAACUGCAAUUUCAAUCUCAGAGAAUAGAUCGUCAAGAGGAAAUGCUAACAAAUUGGAUGAAUCAACAAAGGGAAUGGCAGAAACAGUUAAUGGAGCAGCAACAAGAGCACUACUCCCAGUUCACUCAAGCCAUCAGUCAAGUGUCUGAAAGGCAAGAAAGCCAAGAUAAACACCUUCAGGAACUCAAUCAACGCCAGAUGAAUCAGAUGAAGGCAUUCAACGAAUUAAGUGUGCUCAAUGAAGGAAGGCAACUGCAUCGAGAAGAAUUUAGCGUUAACACUCAGGCAAGGUUAAACUAUAUGACUGAGCAUAUGCAUCACUUGCACCCCGACAUCCCAAGCUAUGAGGAAGUUCGCAAGAACUUAACAGAACAAGAAGAGGGGAAGGUGAAACAGCAAAAGGAAGCAUUGAAGAAGAAGAUGGAGGAUGCCGGUUUCUGGAAAAAGCUGAUGGGGAAGCGUAAAGGGAAUGGAGACCCAAGUAAUCAAGGAGAAUCCCAAGGAGACCAGCCAAUGUCUGCACCCCGUUUGUACGUGAACUUUAACCUAAAUCCUGAGUACGAGACUCCUGUUAUGUGGCUACUUGAUGAAGUACCAGAGGAACGUCAUAUGGAAAUAUCUGGUCGUGCAGAGGAGUAG